AUGUCAAUUUAUAUUCCAGAUAAUACCCAACAACUGACUAAUAAUCAAAAGCAAUCACUUGACCAAUUCAAAGAUAACAACCAUCAGAUUCACAAUGCAAAAAACUCGAGCGCAAAAGCAAAAGCAAAGGCAAAAGCAAAGGCAAAAGCAAUUUUGAACGUAAACAAGUACAUGUUCCCCCAAUUUUUUUCUGAUGUAAUAUUUGGCACCACAAGUAAAACUGCUGCCAACUCAAGUCGCCGAUCCAGCCGCCUGUCUAGCCAACACGACAAAGUACUGUCUUGCUCAAUAAAACUAACCCUCGAAGAUAUCUACACCGGAAAGACCUCAAAGCUGUCUUUGCAGAGACACAUUUUCUGCCCUGGAUGUCGCGGCACGGGCGAGGCUAUACAAGAUAGUCUGGUCAGUAAGACAUGUCAGAGCUGUAAUGGAUGUGGUGUCCGAUAUUUUAAGUACAAGUCAGGUUCCACAACAAAACAAAUUGAUCUUUCAUGUGGCGACUGUCACGGCGUGGGUGAACAUGUAGAACGAACCAAUUGUGCCCAAUGCGUCGGAAAGAAAACAAUAACCAAGCACAUGUUCCUUGACGCGAAGAUUGCAAAAGGUGUGCGUGACAAACAAAAAAUAACCAUUCCGUUACAGAGUCUACACAACUGCCCACAACAACAACAAGAAAAAGAUGAAUAUCGUGACGUGAUUCCCAAUGAAAUCAUUGCUGUUAUCCAAGAAAUACCCCAUCAUCGGUUCAAACGUCUGGCUGAUAACCUGGUUUAUGAAGCCCACAUUGAUCUUGUCACGGCUCUCUCGGGUGGCCAGAUUGCUAUCCCACACUUGGACGAUCGCGUCUUGCUGGCAAAUCUGUCUCCUGGAGAGGCAAUGCGACCCGAUUGUGUCAAGGUUAUACCUAAUCAAGGUAUGCCUGUUUAUAAUUCCCACCACAUUCAGGGACACAUGCUUGUCAAGUUUUUUGUUGAUCUCCCUCAAAACGAAUGGGUCACACCAGACAUCAUUGCACAAAUCAGCGCUCUUCUUCCCCCAGCUCCUCAAGUACCCACCUUUGUUAAUAAGCGUGUGGAAAAUGUUACUCUCACAGACUCUGUAGCUACCAAGCAUUGGGAAGUCUGAAACUUUUGAGUUUAAGCCUGUGUAGUAAAAUAUAAUAUAUAUAUGUAUAUGUAAGAAUUGCGGUGAAGGGAGGGGAGGGGUUGAACUAUUUUUUUUGGUUUUCUUUGGUUGAAAUGCCUUGCUCUCAAUUUAU